UUGUUGUCUCUGCUUAAAAAAAAAUUUAAAAGAAGGAAAAGAAAAAGAGAAUAAACUUAAUAAGGGAGAAGAUGAUGGAGCUCAAAAAAGUCUUCCUCCUCUUCGUCUCCUCUUCUCUUAUCUUAUUUAUUGCAGAGUGCCACGAACCUUCUCCUUCUCCUUUUCCAUUGCCAGUAUCUUCAAUAUCAAGUUCACCUGAUCAGGCUCCGUCGUCAUCAUCUGAUGUUGAAUCACCUGCACCCGCACCAUCAUCUUCUGCUGAAGCCCCAAGCGGAUUGCCAUUACUAUUCAAGUCUAUGCCAUCGGGACCGCGCAAUCCUGUCCUGGUGAAGAUAUGUGGCACAACUGAUCAUCCACAGGAAUGUCUAGCCUCAGUCUCCCCUUUCCAGACAGGAGAAUCGGACCCUGUUUCUGUCCUGAAAAUGGAAAUGCAAGCACUCUAUCAGGGUUUCGAAAAAGCAUUUGAUAAGGCUACAGAGAUCAGCGAGCACCCGGAUACACCUGCGUCCAUUAAAAUGUGCUUGGAUACAUGCCUUGAGAUGUAUGAUUCAGGGCUUAUUGACCUCCAAGAUGCCAUCUCUGCACUUUCAAAUCAUGAUAUCGAUAAGCUUAAAACUGUACUCAGUGCCACUCUAUCCGACAUUGACACCUGCGACGAAGCAUUCAUGGAAGAAUCCGAUACUCACUCCCCAAUGAAGGAGAUCGAUGACGAGUUGACCAAGAUUGCUAGCAACAACUUGGCCAUUGCGAAUGCAUUGCUCCGCUCAAAGCAAGAGGGCCAUUCCUUUUUCUCUGUUUUCCAAUAAUAAGAGGAUCAUGCACGUACGCAUCGUCUCGCACCUCGUAAUGCAUUCGGCUUAGGCAAAAAAUUUAUUGUUUUAUUUUAUUUUCUUUUAAAAUUAUAUGAUUAUGUUGAAAAUAACUGAAAAUUUCUGCUAUAAUAACAGUUUUUGUUGGUUAA